AUGGCGCCAAUCGCAUCGCCCGAGCGAGCGGCUCUCAAGCACGAGAAGAAGUUGAAGAAGGAAAAGAAGCGCGCGCGCGAGGAGGACACCACCGCAGAUGGCGAGCGAAAGCACAAAAAGUCCAAGAGCGUCGCUCUUGAGAUUGCCGCCGAGGCUGUCAACGGCGACCUGAAGGCCGACAAGAAGAAGAAGAAGAGCAAAAAGGAUAAGCACGCCGAGAAUGGCGUGACGGAAUCCGAGAGCGCACCUGCCGACGAGGAGACGAAGUCCGAAAAGAAGAAGAGCAAGAAGAAGAAGAAGCAGGUCGAGACCGAAGAGGCUGCCCCCGAGGAGGCAGAGAAGAAGAAGAAGUCCAAGAAGUCCAAGAAGGAAACCGCGGAACCGGAACCCGAGGCUCACUCGACGCCUGAACCCAAACAGGAUUCUCCCACCGACCCCGAUGCUAUGGACGUCGACUUUGCGAUUCCGGCCAAACCCUCCAAGUCUGCGAUCCACCAACCACCCGACAUCCCCGCGAACCCCCAGUUCCCCUUCUUCACCCAGACCGUCUCUCUCUACGUGCCUCUCUACCCCAUUGGCUGGGCACAGCCCGUCACCAACUGCCAGUACCAGCACCUACGACACUUGCAGAACAAGUACGUGCCGUCGCUCCGAGGCGUCUUGCUGGACUACAGGAAUGUGGCGUUUGGUGAGAAGCCAAGCAGGAAAGGCGCUGCUACGGACGACGAGUCGCCGGCAACGGUCAUGGCUAAGGAUGAGGCUGCUGUUGGUUUCGGCUGGAUCACCGCUGAUGUCGAUCUCUUCGUCCCGAGCCGAGGUGCUUGGAUGGAGGGAAGCGUCAACCUCCAGACCGAAGGACACAUUGGCGUCGUCUGCUUCGGAAAGUUCAACGCCUCAGUCGAGGCCCGAAGACUCCCCCCGUCCUGGAAAUGGGUCCCCAAUGAGUCUCCCGAGGCACAGGGGUUUGAAGAGACUGCCUCCGUCAUCACCUCCGAUGACCACGGCGUUGUUCGACAGAUCCACAGCACCGGCUUCUGGGUCGAUGGCAGUGGCGAGAAGAUCAAGGGCAAGAUCCGCUUCCGAAUACGCAACUUUGACGUCGGAACCAGCGGCGAGACCAGCUACCUCAGCUUGGAGGGAACCAUGCUGGACAAGCCGGGCGAGAAGGCGGUCGUCGCCGAGGAGGCCCAGACGGCAAAGAUGCGCAAGAACACCAAGGGCGGACAGAUGCGACUGAGGAGGCGCGUACCCGAGUUUAGCAUGACUCGGUUCGAUGUCGACGAGGAGCAGACCCAGGAUGACGAGGUGGCCAAGCGGGAGGUGUUGGCGGUGAGCGAGGAUUAA